UUUGCUUACUUCUAAAAGUUCCCUCCAAAAAAGUGAAAAAGUGUAAAGUUUAAAAGUGAAAAUAAUAGAUAAUUAACUGGAUAGAUAGUUUUUUAGUACUGGAGUUUGCGAUUCAUCAUCGACGAAAUGGGUAAAAAACGAUCUCUACAAAGUUCUUCAACCAAUCGAAUCAAAGUUGAAGUCAAAGAUGAAAUUAUGGAUAAUGAGGUUUCAGUUGCUCGUGAUCGUCUGAAAGGAGCACUUAGAGAACUUUUGAGGCAAAGUGAUGAGGGUUCAUCAGCAGAUUCUGGAGAAGAUAGUUCUCACGAUUCUAAACAACAACCGAAAAAAACGUCUAAACCGAUUGUACCACCUCCAAGAAAGAUCCGACGUCGUAAACAAUUGCCCGCAGAUCAAUUGUUUCAUCACACCUAUGUAAUGAAACUGUUCGAUCGAAGUGUAGAUUUAGCACAGUUUCGUGAAGACACGCCUCUCUAUCCAAUCUGUCGAGCGUGGCUAGCCAAUCAACCCAGAAAUCCUAAUCUAGUACCGAAAAUUCGGACUCCUAGUCCCGAAAUAGUCAAUGAAGUUCAUACUGAUAACAUGCUCGAAGAUUCUAGUGGAGAAUUGAGAGACGUUUAUUGCCUUCCAACACCUUUACCACGGGAAGAAGUUUUCCCACGGAAUAGAAUCCCAUCACCAAUUCCACAACCGAAAGAUAAGCUUGAUCUUAACUAUGAAGGACAAGUUUUGAAAUCUCGAGAUGCUUUGAUGAAGAGCCACAGAGCACAUUGGUCAGCAGUACGUCGUAAGUGGCAUCUACAAGCACAAAAAAAUGAGAAACGGUUUUAUCAAAGUGCAAAUAUUUUAAGUACCAUAUUUAAAAGGGCUCAGACAGAGUUUGAAUAGGAUUAAUUGAUUAUCUUCAGAAUAACGUUGAUAAAUAACUUAUUAAUAUUCUCAAGUUGUAUAUCUCACUAAAAUACUUUCAAUUAAUUGACAAUAUUUAUAAAAUAUAAUUAAAUAAAUUACAAUCUUUGA